AUGAGGAUGGAGAACUUUGACACGUUUGAUCCCGUUCCCUACUCUCCGAGCGCUAUGUCAAUGGUGCAUAUAUCCGUCACACAAUCCGAUUUUGGGGUCCAUGAGCCAUUGGGAGGUGCAUCACUGCAGCAGGAGACUACGGCUGCGAAUAUUUCUAGCGACGAUACACAUCUUGCCGUCCGCAGCUUUGGGGUGCGGCUCCCUGUAGAAGUCUGGGAGCAGAUAAUCGACCACCUCGUUGCAGGUUGGUUCGAAUACGAAACGCACACCCUAUGGACAUACGGAACAGUCUGCAAGGCCUGGUAUACGCGAUGCAGUUUCUACACGCGGCAGGCCAUUGGGUUCCAUGAUAACACCCGAAAACAAGUGUACCGUCUCGUCAAAAUAAUGGGCGGUGAUGAGAGUCGCCGAAAUUCCGUAAAAACGGUGACAAUCUGGAAGACCAUCGACGUCUUGGGUCCAUUCUCUGCGUGCAUGGCACAGAAGCUGCCUCGCGUGGAAACUCUCUGUCUCCGGCGGUGCGACUGGAAGCCCGGGCAGCUUCACCCCCAAAUAUUCUUUCAUAUCCGCGCAGCGUUCGCCUCCGUCAUCCGUCUCGUGCUCGGCGACGUCUCCUUCCCCUCCGUCAGCGUCUUCGGACGCCUCGUGUGUGCGCUUCCCUGUCUCUCCUCGCUCGAAUGCUCCCUGCUAGAAUUCAAAGUCCCUGUGUUCGCGCCGGGCGCUGUCCGUCCGCGCGAUGGACUCGCGCUGACUAACAUUGAUCUCUGGGAGUGUGAUGAAGUGAUGGAUUUUCUCGUCGCGACCUCGAUCGCAACCGGGCUCCACCACGUUCGGCUACUUCUUGACGAUUUAGACCAAAGUACCGCCUGCCAGAGGUUAGUGAGCGCUGCAGGGGCGUCGCUCUCCUCCCUGUACAUUCGUCCCCCACAAGACGCGGUCGCGUGGAGUGAUUUUCCUCUAGACCUCGGGCUCUGCACAUCCCUCACCUCUCUGACAGUUCAGCUCCGCAUCCGGGACCUGGCCUGGCUAGUUGCUGUCAUAUCCAAGACACCAUCGUCCAAGCUCCGUGAGAUCGAAAUCAAGGUUCGCCGGUACAAUCUCGAUGACGUUCCGCCAGAGGUUCACUACGGCAUGCUCGACGAACGCAACUGUGCUGAGCUCGACGCGAUUUUGUCCGGAUCUCAGUACGGCGCGCUCAAGACAGUCACUUUCAUGUUCCAAGCCUUCGUCGAGCGUACAGAGCUCGCCCGUGUCCCGGAUCGGCACUCCUGGACAAGGAUGCUCGCGUCCAGACUUCCGAGACUGCAUGCACGAGGUGUCCUCCGACCCGCGGUGACCGUCGAGAUCAUGGAAAGUGGGUGA